AUGUUGGCUACUGUCUUGACUCCACUGAGGUUGAUUUUUUCGAAGUUUGUUGAGAGCUACUACUCAAUUGCAAUGAGGAAGCAUGACAUGGUGCCUGACCAUAGCUUUUUUGAGGGAUUAGUGGCAUGUGUAGCUGCCAUUGCACCAAAGGAUCAUUACAAGAAUCUGGAGGAAGGUAGCAUCGUUCUUAAGAAGUCAAAAACAUUCAGCUUUUGUGAAGAAGGUGUGCAUUUUGAAGGUGAAUGUACUCCAGUAAAGAGUGACAUUGUUAUCUUCGGAACCGGAUUCAACGGUGAUCAAAAGAUCAAGGACAUGUUCACAUCAGAAUACUUUCGGAGCAUAGUCGUUGGCUCAACAUCAACGACCGUGCCACUUUAUAGGGAGUGCAUCCAUCCAAAGAUUCCACAGCUCGCGGUCAUCGGCUAUUCCGAGAGCUUGACAAAUAUCUAUACAACAGAGCUUAUGUCCAAGUGGAUAUCACAUUUUAUGGAUGGUGGUUUCAGAUUGCCAGGUGUCAGAGAAAUGCAGAGGGAUGUCCUUGAAUGGGAGAAGUUCAUGAAGCGCUACUCUCGAGACUAUUUCCGUAGGUCAUGUGUUGGAAUUGUUCAUAUAUGGUACAAUGAUCAACUAUGCCAGGACAUGGGAUGCAACCCAAGAAGGAAGAAGGGUUUUUUCUCUGAAUUAUUUGAGCCUUAUGGUCCUUGUGAUUAUGUUAAUCUUCACCCCAAGUAA